AUGAACGUGUCCUGUUGGCAGGAGAUGGAGGUGGCCCUGGUCAGCUUCGACAAUCCCGAGGAGGCCGGGGAGGAGCCCGGCUUCUCGGCUGACUUUGACGUCACCAGGCAGAAGGGACAUCCUGGUGGCGGGAACCUGCUCUCCAACUGGAGGAUCGUCAUCAACGACAGCGCCCAUCACGAGAUGGUCUCCUCCAAGCUGUUGGGUGAGUACGGCGACCUCCCAGGGCCGGAGCAGGCCGCCCUGAGAGAGGGGGACCAGAGGGUCAUCAUCAAUGUUGCCGGGUUGAGAUUUGAGACCCAGCUGAAGACGCUCAGCCAGUUCCCCGAGACCCUCCUCGGGGACCGCGGGAAGAGGACGCAAUUUUUCGACUCCAUGAGGAACGAGUACUUCUUCGACCGCAACCGCCCCAGCUUUGACGGGAUCCUGUAUUACUACCAGUCGGGUGGAAAGAUCAGGCGGCCGGCCAACGUCCCCCUCGACGUCUUCGCCGAAGAGAUCUCCUUCUAUGAGCUGGGCCAGGAGGCCCUGACCCAGUUUAGGGAUGACGAGGGCUUCCUCAAGGACCCGGAGACCCCGCUGCCCAAGAAUGACUUCCACCGGCAGUUCUGGCUGCUCUUCGAGUACCCAGAGAGCUCCGGGGCCGCGAGGGGGGUGGCGGUGGUCUCCGUCUUAGUGGUGGUGAUCUCCAUCACCAUCUUCUGUCUGGAGACACUGCCCGAGUUCAGGGAAGAGAGGGAGCUGAGCGAGGUGAGGGACCCCAGCCUCAACCUGAGCGGGAGCGCCCCACCCUCCUCGAUGUUCACUGACCCCUUCUUCAUGGUGGAAUCCGCCUGCAUCGUCUGGUUCACCUUCGAGCUGAUCCUCCGCUUCGCCGUCUGCCCCAGCAAGACCGACUUCUUCAGGAACAUCAUGAACGUCAUCGACGUCAUCUCGGUGGUCCCGUACUUCGUGACCCUCAUCACGGAGCUGGUCCGGGAGUCCGAGCCCAGCUCCCAGCAGGCCAUGUCACUGGCCAUCCUGCGGGUCAUCCGCCUGGUGCGGGUCUUCCGCAUCUUCAAACUGUCCCGCCACUCCAAGGGGCUGCAGAUCCUGGGGCAGACCCUCAAGGCAUCCAUGCGUGAGCUGGGACUGCUCAUCUUCUUCCUCUUCAUCGGGGUCGUCCUCUUCUCCAGCGCCAUCUACUUCGCCGAGGUGGAUGAGCCCGAGUCCCACUUCUCCAGCAUCCCCGACGGCUUCUGGUGGGCUGUGGUGACCAUGACCACGGUGGGCUAUGGGGACAUGUGCCCGAUCACACCAGGGGGGAAGAUCGUGGGGACCCUGUGCGCCAUCGCCGGAGUCCUGACCAUUGCCCUGCCUGUGCCUGUCAUCGUCUCCAAUUUUAACUACUUCUACCACCGGGAGACAGAGAAUGAGGAGAAACAGAGUCAGCAGGGGGAAAUGGACAGGAUCCUGACGAGUGUGGUCUUGGGGGUGGACAGCACGGAUUCGCUGAAUCAGACCAAUGGAGGUUGCUCUGGGGAAAAGUCCAGGGAAUGA